GUUGCCUUCGCAUAUGCGCAGGCGCGUUUUGAAUAGUCCUUGGUUUUCUUCGAUCAGCUGUAGGUUAAGGUACUCAAGAAAAGAAACCGACUUACUGCAUAAAAAUGCAGAGUUGGAAUCGAGUGUACAGUAGUUUGGUAAAGAGAGGCUAUGUGCAAAAUUUCACUUGCAGGCUGCAGGGACUCACAGCAGUGUCAAGCCGAACAUAUGCUGACAAGGCUCCAAUUGAAGCUGAUGUCACAGUAGUAGGAUCUGGCCCAGGAGGUUAUGUUGCUGCAAUUAAAGCUGCCCAGCUUGGUUUUAAGACUGUUUGUAUAGAAAAAAAUGAGACCCUGGGAGGAACUUGCUUGAAUGUUGGGUGCAUUCCAUCAAAGGCCCUGCUUAAUAAUUCUUAUUUGUACCACCUGGCACAUGGAAAGGAUUUUGCAAGUAGAGGCAUUGAAAUUACAGGACUUAAACUGAAUCUGGACAAAAUGAUGGAUCAAAAGAGUGGUGCAGUCAAGGCUUUAACAGGAGGAAUUGCCCAUUUAUUUAAACAAAAUAAGGUAACCCAUGUUGAAGGAUUUGGCAGAAUCACUGGCAAGAAUCAGGUAACAGCAGUAGGAAGUGAUGGCAGUUCACAAGUUAUUAAUACCAAAAAUAUUUUGAUAGCUACUGGAUCAGAGGUGACACCCUUCCCUGGAAUUGAGAUUGAUGAAACCACGGUGGUGUCUUCUACUGGAGCAUUGUCUCUGAAAAGUGUUCCUGAAAAGUUACUUGUAAUUGGAGCUGGGGUGAUUGGUGUUGAAUUGGGUUCAGUGUGGCACCGGCUUGGGUCAGAUGUUACAGCAGUCGAGUUCCUUGGGCAUGUUGGAGGUGUAGGAAUUGAUAUGGAAAUCUCCAAAAACUUUCAGCGCAUUUUGCAGAAACAAGGCUUAAAAUUUAAGCUCGGAACUAAGGUCACUGGUGCAACCAAGAGACCAGAUGGGAAAAUUGAUGUUUCAGUGGAGGCAGCUGCAGGUGGCAAACCUGAAGUUCUUACAUGUGAUGUGCUCUUAGUCUGCAUUGGGCGGCGUCCAUAUACACAGAAUCUGGGGCUGGAAAGUGUGGGAGUUGAACUUGACAACCGAGGCAGGAUUCCUAUUAAUAACAGAUUCCAGACAAAGGUACCAAGCAUAUAUGCUAUUGGUGAUGUUGUGGCUGGCCCUAUGUUGGCUCACAAAGCUGAAGAUGAAGGAAUAAUCUGCGUAGAGGGAAUGGCAGGAGGUGCUGUUCACAUUGACUAUAACUGUGUGCCAUCUGUUGUUUACACUCAUCCAGAAGUUGCUUGGGUUGGUAAAUCUGAAGAACAGUUAAAAGAAGAGAACAUUCCUUAUAAAGUUGGCAAAUUUCCUUUUGCUGCUAAUAGCAGGGCUAAAACAAAUGCAGAUACAGAUGGAUUUGUGAAGAUUCUAAGCCACAAAGAAACCGACAGAAUGUUGGGAGCCCAUAUCCUUGGUUCAGGUGCCGGUGAAAUGAUUAAUGAAGCAGCUUUAGCAAUGGAGUAUGGAGCAUCUUGUGAAGAUGUAGCAAGAGUAUGUCAUGCUCAUCCGACUGUUUCAGAAGCAUUCAGAGAAGCAAAUUUGGCGGCAUCCUUUGGGAAAGCAAUCAAUUUCUAACCAUGAUUUGUGCAGAAAACCUACGACAUUCUGAAUCGAGUCAACAAAGUGCUGUAUGUGGAUUGGCAGAGCACAGUGCUAUUUAUUCAUGUUCUGCAGCUGUUUUUAUUUAAGAUACAUUUUCAGUUAAUGGAAAGAAAUAAGACCUGUUUUACUUAUGGACAAAUUCAAAGCAUUUAAUUUCUACCUUUAUGAAAGUGGAUCUGACAUGAUUUCUUACAGUAUGUAAAAAUUCUUAUUCUGAAUAUAACCAAGUUCUUUUACUGUGAUUAUGAUUGUCAUCCAUGAAGAUUUGUAAAACAUAAUCCAUUAAAAUAUUGUCUUUCUACCAGCUGUUCACUAGCCAUCAAAACAAAGCAUACCGAUUAAUACACUUUGCUCCAGCAAUUUUACUGCAUUGGACAGAUAUGAGAAUACUAGCUAGAGACCAAGUGGUCACUUGUAUUGCUUUGAACUAAUUACCUUGAAGUAAAAUGAGAUUGCUUUUUCAUUCAAAAGUUUUCUCUGAAUUUACUGAUUGGCUGCUGUAAAGUAAUAUUCAUAUUACUGCAAAGACAUGCAUGAAAAAUGUACUAAAAACAUUUUAGACAGCACUCCAGAAUACAGUGUGGUUCUACAUCAAUUUAUAAAGGAAUUUUUACAGUUUUAGAAGCGAGAUGCCCAUGGAAUAUACAGUUGCCUUUAGGUAUUUGAUUUUGUGUAAAACUCUAUGAAGAUCUGUUUAAAUUUGUUAUAUUUUAAAUUUCAUGUUUUUUUCCCCCUUAAUAUUCAGUUUGUCAAGUCCGUUUCAUCGUAAAUUCAACUCACUAAAGCACUUGCUUGAAGCAUUGGUUAGAAUAAGAAAUUGCCUCUUCUGCGGGGUGUGUAUUUGAGUUUCCACUGUACUGUGGAAAGAACUAAUGGUAGGUUAUCAUAAAAGUAUUGCUGCUUUUCACUGUAAGGAAAUUAAUCUGCUUUCUAAUUAAGGCAAUCAUAAAAUUAAUUCAUUCUAAAAACAUUAUGGUUGAGUGGGGUUUUUAAAUAUACUGGUUAAAUGCUCAGCAAACUCAAGCAAAUAAAGCACUUAAGUUGCAUCGACAUUCAAAUACACUCUGCUUCCUCCUUAAUUGGCUAUAUAUCUAUCCAUGCAAAUCUGCAUCCAGAUCAAUUUAUGAUUUUUGUUUUUCCCCCACCCCCUUACUGAAAGUGACCUUUGUAAUUCAGGAAAGGUAUGUAUCUGGUCUGCAGUGGAAAAAAAUGGCAAAAUAAAAUGAGUUUUUUUAUAUUAAUAAAAUCCUUCAGGAUUUCUGUUUUGAGAUAUGUUGAAAAAAGUGUGCUUUCGGAUAUAGUGACUUCACAGAUACUUUUAAACAAAUACUUCUAGAAAAAAUAAACAUGUGAGAUGGAGAUUGUCUCUGUGCAAUGGUCGACAAGAGUGUAUGCAUACUGUACAGUACAGCUAAAAAACACACACCAUGCAGAAAGAAGGCUUUAAAUGUCAGCUGACACAUUACUGUACUGACUGUUCACAUUAAGCAAAAUAUCAAAGUUUAGGCUUUGAAAUUAUCUGUUUAAUUUACAUACAGUACUGCAUGGCCAUAGUGGUCAUCAUGUCAUCCGUGGUUUGAGGAGGAGCUGUUAUCCUUACUGAGCUUACCCAAUUUAAAGCUUACAAAUUUGACAUGUUUGAAAGAAAAUAAACAUAUAAAAUAGUG